CUAAUUGUCAACUUAACUUUGGAUAAUGGAUGCAGGAGAGGUAAAGAAGGUUUUGACAGGUAAGAUAGGGUUACAAAUAGGUGACCAAAAAAUAAUUUACAAAGAAAAAGAGAAGGGAAAUGGCGAGUACUUAGAUAAAUGUGGUGUCAAAGAUCGAUCAAAACUCAUAUUGAUGGAGGAUCCAUCAAGCAUUGAAAGGAGAUACAUUGAGAUGCGUAAAAAUGCUCGUAUUCAAACUGCAUAUCAGGUCAUUUCUAACGUGUCCAUGGAGGUUGAUAAACUUGUAGAGCAAGUUUUUGCGAUUGAAAAAUCUAUAUUAAAUGGAGUUAAGGUACCAGAAAUUCAAAUCACGACAUUAAUUGAGAUGUUAAUGAGACAAGCAAUUAAGCUUGAUAACAUUUCUGCAGAAGAAAAUGUUUCUACUCAAAAAUAUUUACAGAGUAAGAGGGUGCAAUGGUGUGUUGAAACACUAGACGUGCUAAAGAUAUCAAAUCCACUAAUAAAACCUGUUGUUGUCGCAGCUAAAUGGGAGACAUUUGAUCCUUCUCCCACCACGUCCCGAUGGGAAUUUUUUUAAUUGAUUUUUUCAUCACCGUUCUUG